AUGCUAUUGCCUCCGUUUCGAGUAAGUGCAUCGCUGCCCAGUCUUAAGACUCAUACCUUUUUGCAUAUAGUUUACAUACCAGCCCGCAUCCACGUACUGAGGAGUGAGGCGACUCGGCCGGGACAGUCCAGCGUUUGUCCGAAUUGCCGUGCCCCCGAAGCUUCGGAUGCCUCCAGUUGCGGGCAGCAAACCCAGCGUUGGCGGAUCGAAGAGGACACGCAGGGUCGAGCCUUGGGAAAUGGUCCGUAUCGCUUCUUGGCGGUGCUGUGUGUGGACCCGGAGGCCGUUCUGGAUAGUUCCGUCGUGAUGCAGCAGAUAACGUGUACCCUCGAAAUGAUGUCUGCUCAGCCAAGCCUCGGGUAUACAGACCGGGGUGCAGGCAUGGCCAUGUGCUUACAGACCAAGCCAUAG